ACUGGAUUUUCUCAAAGUGCUUUUCCACCCAAACCGCACACAACAGUGACCUUAUCCGUGCCUGCCAGAUGGAUACGAUACCGUGAUCUGUUCUUCCCAGAGAUAUACGUAUUGAGCAACACUCGGAAGAUUCGACACCAGACUGGAGCUGGCAUCACCAUCCUCAAAGGGUUCGAAAGGGGAGAGAGAGUGAGAGAGAGAGAGAGAGAGAGAGAGAGAGACCUGGAGUUGCUGAAGGAUUGAUUCAAGUUUUUUGGUAGAAACCGCAUUCUUCGAAGCGGACAGACUUUGGAAGAGACAACAUUUCUACUUCCAUUGAAGUCCACGAGUCGGGGGAAGUUGGCUUUGGUCUGGUCAACAGCUUGGUGGUAGUGGUGUUGGUAUCGGGGAUCACGCUACUGGCUUACCGAGAAAUUGGUAGUAGUAAAAAUACCAUGAGGACCAGUUGGUUCAGCUUUGGCCUGGGAGGCAAGAGCAAGGCCGAUGCUGCCAAAGAAGAAGCCGCUCGCUUGACCCGAGAGGCCGAUAUAAGACGACUCUACGAAGCUGGAACGCAACGAGAAGUCCUGGAACAAUUGUACAAAAAAGAGGAAGUGGACAAAUGCAUUGAGAAUAUCGACAAUGAACGAAAGCUUUUGGCUCUUUUGGAAGAAGAAAACGAAGACGAGCAGUCUGCCGAAGAAGAAGCAGCAGAGCCAAAAGAGGACGCCAAAGAAAAGACGGCCGAGAAAGAAGAAGAAGACGUCUCCAAACAAAUCGGUAUCGAUAAACUCUCGUUCCACAGUGCCAAGGAACACUUGGGAGGGAGUAGCACUGCACUGCCAGACAAUCUACAGCACAGCACAAAGUUUACACUUCGCUUUGACAACGGGAACGAAGACGAUGAAGAUGAAGACAAUGGGAGAACAAAUGUGGAACCCAACACUCUUUCGGCUAGUAGCCAUCACAUGAGACACGUCAUGGAUAUUUCCCUGGAAGAUGUCACUGAGACUGAGGGAUUAGAUUCUGUAUGUAUGAGUGAGAUGGAGCAAAGUGAGUUGGAGCAAAAUGAGACCGAUCACAAAACAGGGAAUAUACUGGAGCAGCCAAGCUUUGAACAGCAAGAAUCAGAGGAUGAUUUGCUCAAAGAAUUACUCAACACGGAGGGGGAAGAAUCCUCGUCCAAUUUUGAUUCCGUCACUACACCGGAACAAAUUGCGGGGAGUCAACCAGAUGAAGAAGAUGACGACAAUGCUGGAAUUACAACAGAGGCUAGUAGUAGUGAUAUCAACCCUCCCACUCAGCCUGAUGAAAAUGUCACGUCUACCAUGGUCACCAUUGAUACAUCGGCGGUGCAAGAAUCUGAGUUGAUCAUUGGCAGCAGCGACCACCAGGGCGGCUUUCGAAGGAUUUCCGUUGCCAGUGAGUUGGGCGUUAGUGGACUAGGCAUUAGUGGCUACCAAUCAUCAGCUUGGCUGGAAGAUAGCAACCGUUUGGCAACCGAGGAGGAAGAAGACGAAGAAGAAGAGGAUGCUUCCGAGUCACAAGAACAACCCGACGAAAGUGGAAAGGAUCACGAUGUAUCAUCAGAAGCAGAAAAAUCUGGUACAGUCGACGUGGAGGAUCACUCGGAAGAAGGGGGCACAGUCGACGUUGUUGACCUCGCACGAGAAGGGGGCGAUGGACCAGCUGAAAAAGUCGAUACGUCAGCCGCAGUAGAACAAGAUGAUGAGAGCGGUAAGGGAGAAAAUUCUGAUCGGGAAGAAAAUGAAGCCAGCAAUGCGACGAUCAAUCUCGAAGAGACAGAGAAACAGCGACAAGAUGAAACCUUGGGUUCUACGAAUCAAGGCAACGAAGCGCCUCUGGACAACGCGGGGGAUAGCCAAGAGGAAGGGAUCUCGACAACAAACACAGCGGAUAACAAAGAUGAUAGUGGUUAUGAUUCCACGGCCCAAGAAACACAGGGCGACGAGCCCGUAGAUCUAGAUUCGACGGAAGAAACAAAUAUCAAAGCGGACACCGAAGAUUCGCCACACAAACAAGUCGAUGAAACAGAGACAGAUGAAUCCGUCCCAGAGGCGUCGGCAAGCCCAGACCUAGAUGCAAAAGGCGAGGGCUCAGUCGAAGUCGACGACCAAAAUAAGGAGGAAGCAGAACCCCAAAGCGGCCAAGAUGCCACAGUAGAGCCGUCAAGCCCCGUCGUGAUGACGGAGUCUACAGAUGAUAAGGAUGAGAUGGACGCCGAGGCCGAAAGGGAAGAAAUGGUCGCAAUGUCGGAGGAAGACGAUGACGCCGUCAUGGAUGAACGUGAACACAUGGAAACUACUUCAGUGGAAGACGACGAAGAAUUACUGGAACAAUCAUCAAAACCGCAGGAACGCGCUGACGAAGAAAUGAACGAGGAGCCCGAGCCACAAGCUCCAGAGGCGAUGGACUCAGCUGAAGAGAUUGAAGAAGUCCAAAUGAAUGAAGCCAAGGGCGACGAUGGCGCCCCAGAUCCUCGAGACUCGAAUAUUAGUAAAGACACCAGCAGCGUCGGAUCGGGCUCUGAAUCUUCGGAAGAGUCACCUCCCCCUCCACCUCCACCACCGCUCGCUGAAACCGAAACCGACAUUGUCGAGGAAAUUGUCGAAAUUGUACAAGAAACCGCCAACCGUAGCGAAGUUUUCGAGGAAGUUGUUAUAUUGGAGGACCAAAGUGGGCGCGUUGUUUGCGAAGAAGUAAUCGAAGUGGAAGAUGGCAACAACGAGGUUGUUGAGGAAUUGGUUGUUGAAGAUGACGAGGAGAUAAUUGAGGAUGAUGCAGUUGAGGAAGUUGUCAUAGAAGAUCAAGAUGAAGAGGAACUCGUGGAGGAGGAAGUUGAGGCGGAAGAGUCUUCCGAGUCGGAAUAUGCCGAUCAAGUGGUGGAGAGCUGGAACGAGGUCAUCGAGGAACAACCGGAAGACUUAGAGGCGGCUGUUUCAGCCCUCAUCGCAGUCGUUUACAAGGACGAAGAUGUAGACGUUGAAAGUAUGCUCAGGAGGACGCGACUCCCUGAGCUUUACAAGUAUCUGAAGAGCCAAUAUUGGUACAAGAUUCACACCAACGAAGAAGAGGAGGCUAGGCUGGCUGCUAAGAUUAAAUAUGAGAAACCGACACAGUUAGUCAGUGUUGAUGAUAUGCUGAAAGGCCGAAUGGAAAGCCUCAUUGCGAAUGUUCAGCAGAUGGACCAAUCUGAGAGGCGGUCAUCAGUCAUCCCGGACGACAAGAAUGCCGACGAAAGCGUGCGACGAGAGAGCCGUAUGCAAAACUUAAUUGACACGGUUCAGAUUAGUUCUCGAAACUUGGUCGCAAAUGAAAGGAAGGUGACAGGCAACGGCAACAAUAUGCUUGGCUCCAACAAUGAAGAAGACGAAGAAGAGGAUCUGUUCGCUCCUGCGCCAUCAGCAUAUAUAGAUGUCAAUAUCAUCCACAAGCUGUCGUCGGAAACAAGGGAUGCUGGGGGAGGUCAUCAUGUGGCAAAGUACUAUGAAAAAGCAGUCAACAACAGGGCACAGCGGUACGUGCCAAAGUCAAAGCCCGAUGGACAGGGAAGUAGUUCCCCGACACCAGAUUCUGAAGACCCCGUGAAGGAAAGUUCCAAUGACGGCUGUGACGAGGGGGCACAGGCAAAACAAACUGAAUAUCAUGUACAAGUUCAACCAGACGAAACUUCUGGGGAAUCAGGUCCUUUAGUUGCCGCAGCCACAGAACCCAACAAUUUGGCAGAAGGAACCAAUACCCAAGGUGAAGCCACCCUCGCCACACCUGAUUCAGAUGAAUCCGAAUCUGAAAAGGUGGUAGAUGUGAUUGGUGGUCAAGAAGCUGCGGUUGCCAGCAACGACACGGAAGUGUCCCUUGAAAAAGAGAAACACAACGACGUGGAAGGACAGCAAAACAACGAUGUUGUCGAGGAAGUUGUCGAGGAAGCUGCCGUCGAAGACCUAGAGGAGGAGGAAGAAGUUCUCGAAGAGGUCUUUGAGAUGGCAGAAGGCAACAAUGAACUUGUCGAGGACGUGGUUGUCGAAGAGCAUGAUGAUGUGGAGGUUGUUGAGGACGAUGCCGUUGACGAAGUUGUUGUUGAAGAUCAGGACGAAGAGGAGCUUGUCGAGGAAGUCGUCGAUGAUCAGGAUGAGGAAGUCUUCGAUGAUCAAGAUGAGGAAGUUAUCGAAGACGAUGAGAUCGAGGAGGAAGUAAUUGAAGAGGACGCCAUUGCCGAGGUGGCACCAGCAUCAUUUGCCGUGCAAUCCGAAGAAGAAGAAGUGAUUGAAUCAGAUGACGAUCUCGAAGAAGUGAUUGAUGACGACCUGGAAGAUGAGUUCGUCGAAACAGACGACCUGGAAGAUGAGUUCGUCGAAACAGACGACGGAGAAGAAGAGUGGAUCGACACAGACGAUGGAGAUGGCGAGAUGGACGAGGAUUUCAUUGAAGACCAAGUAAUGGAUUCAUCUUGUUGAUCCAUGAGCACUCCAACUUGCACGCAUGGACAAAAUUUAUGGACAAGAAUUCCUGGAUGCAAUAGGUGCUGGCCUCCUUUGGUUUGUACACCAGAACCGAAAGUAGCGCCACCCAGGACCAAUUUCUGGGCUUGGCGUUGAAAGAGCCUCGCAGAUAAACAUGCUUCCUUCCAGCCGCGUCGAGAAUCGAAUCGAGCUUACUCCAAACCUCCAAUGUGGCUUCCAUCGGUGAGAUUAGGGUACACUCUGCUGUCGUAGAGAUUCCCAGACCAGGCUUCGGCACUUGCAGUGCGAUCGAAAAUUGCAAGAGCACCGGCGAAUUUCCACAAGGUUCAACACUGUACUACCAGUAGGAGAUACUAAGGAGUGAUUAGUCUCUGCUGGGGGUUGCUGGGGGGCUUUCAGUAGGGGAUCCUGCUGGGGCGCAACCUCUGAGGUUCACAGCCCAGAAAUGACACAUUCCAGUAUCAUAGCCAGGACUAUCCUUAACUUUUAGUGUGCACUUGCCAUGGGUGGAGUACCCAUUGAAUGCAGAGAGAAGCUGUUCUGGCUAGACAGCUGCAAAUGGCAUCACCAGUACCACUAUAGUUUCAACAUCAUCAUAUAGCACCAUCAACAACAAAAACUGAACACGUCUAUUUUUUAAAAACGGAUACAGACAAGAUGUGCUUGAGGGCCGCCCACGAGCGAGGCCUGGGUAUUUCCCACAGUCAAGUCUGCUCACCGGCCACACUAGCCUCCUGAGAGGGUGCGACGGUCACUAUCAUCAUCAAAUACAAGGAUAUCACGGCGGUUGGAUCCACAAUCACCAUGCAUAAGCUGAUCAAUAGUUCCAGUUGGUCAAUAGGUCAGUGGUCCAAGGAUGGCUGAUGUCCACUUCAAUUUCAACUUCACAGACUUGAAAGGUGGCAUCAACCAAAAUGCUGUCACUAGCUAGUUGUUCCUGGAGUGCCUGAUCCAGGAAUUCACAUGUCAGGGGUCAGGGGCGGAAGAGUAGGUGACAGUCUGAGCCUCACUUGGAGAUUGACCAACAUGGAGACAAAGCCCAGUGAUGGAAAACUAGGUGAACACGAUGAAUUUUGUUUUUCUUUUCUUUUUGGGUUAGAUUCUCAAUGCUAAAGAGAUUGAGUCGAGAUUGUGAGAAUAUGUUGGUUCUCGGUGAUGGCUAAGCUGUCUCCAUACUUGUUCACUUUUAAUCAAUGCGGCCUGGUAGGUACUUGCUCAGUUACCACAACAGAUUUCAGAGAGCGGAGGUGCCUCAACCAGUCGUAACAUCUGGUAUCCUGUAGUGCUGCCUUGGCGUAUUACAAGCUAUGAGUCGAGUCACAGUUUUUGGGUGAAUGUGACUUGGUCUUCUUCCCAACCCCUGCUUGUGGAAGGAACUGGAUUGGAUAUCCACAUUCAAACAAGUAGGUCUGAGGUUGAAGGAACAUUUCAGGCGUAGGUUUCCCAUAUAGUAGUUUCAAAUCGAGCUCGCAGCACUCCUCCCCCUGCUCCGGUAAAUGUUUGCUUCGUGGCCAUUUUGGCAUCCGUAGAGGGUUUCACCGAGGCUGCCAACGACAGAAAGCAAUAUCCUCCGUGGAGCACCUUGGCUGUAGUUCGAGGCUAGACGAUGCCCUUUGGGUUAAUUGUUAUCAUGCGCGUGCUGUUUUUGUUUCUGAUUACACCCAAAAUACGGAUUGAAAGUUAUCGUUGAGUACCCGUUCUGCUUCUUGAUCGGUGUAAUUGGCCCGUUCCAUGGCGUGAAUAGUGCGUUCGAGGUAACCCAGGACAAAUCCAGGAGAUUGGGGUCCAUCCGAGCCGUAGAUGAGCCUCCUAAUCAGUUCCAAUUGCUUGGCAUCUCGAAAGAUUCCAAACAACUUGUCACCGUUUGGAUCGUUGGAUGCACUGCCAACAGCGGAAACUUCCAUAUAGACAUUACUAUAGGUCAACGUCAAUCGGAAGCAUGCCUCAAUGGGAUCCUCCAAUCCAUCAAAGUCGGCACCAUUUCCCACAUGGCCCAGGAUAAAGAGAACGUCGGGAUACAGCUGAAUGGCUUCUUCCAAGAAAGCUGGAUGCGUCGCUUCCUUGUUGGUCAAGGAUCCUGUGGAUAAUGUCUUUCCUGUAUGGCAAUAGACUGGUUUGUUGAAUUCUCGUGCCACAUCGUAGAUGGAAUAGAACCGUGCAUCAUUGAGAUUGAUGAGCAUGUGAGGAUGUGCUAGUUUGAUGCCGAUAAAUUCGGGGAGGGCCAAAUAUUUGCGCAGCAAGUUUAGCGCUCGUUCUUCAUUCUUGUCCCAAUCAUUGACGGGCAGCGACGCCAAUCCCCAUAGUUUCUUGGGUAAUUUUUGGAUUUCUCCAUGGACGAAUUGGUUGGUGGUCAAUCCUGUGGUGGUGGGGGCGUAGACAGCGAAAAUGACACCCCGUCGAAUCUUUGCACAGACGAGUUGUGCACAAAUUCCAUAUCCACUCAAAAUGACAUUAAAGAGGGGUGUGGCAAUGACAGUGGGUAGUGGAAAGGGAAUAUUACCCAAUAUUUGGUCUUGAAAACUGGGUGGAACGUCUUGAAAGAGACCCGUGUGGAGAUGCAUGUCGACUGCCGAGACUUUGGAUCCCUGAUAAUCGACUCGAUUCCACCAGUCGUCGAGUCCCAAGUACCACUUGCCUUCGUCACUUUCGCCAGUGAUACCAACCGAUUCGAGAGUAGCAUUUUCACCUUCAAAGAGACGGUCGUCAUCGAUAAUAGUGGCAUUGGAAGAUGACAGAAAAAUGCUAGUGCUAGUGCUAGUAGUGUCCAGGUCGCCAACAUAUCCCCAACCGUGAGAGAAGAGUUGUCGUGUGUUUGUAGGAAUGGAAGUGUCUGAGAAUAAGAUAUUGGAGGUAGCUGAUAACCAUACUACUAGCAAGGCACUUGCCGAUAAAAGGACUGCUAGUAGUGGCGCCCUGCUGAAAGCGCACAGUCGAACGUUGCUACCCUGGCAUGUCAUGGUUCCUGUUGGUUGGAGUUCUGAAAGAAUCCAAUACAUCCAUCAACUAUAAGCAUCCUGAUGGUUGAAGAUAACCCUGUAAAUUGAUACCCCCAUUAGUUAGCGAAGCAAUCACGUGCCCCCAACCGCCUUCAGGUGCACCUAUGCAUACCUAUGACAUAGAUGUACAUUGUAGUCUACUUUCCAGUUGGUUGGGUAGCCAAACAUUGCAAAUUGCAAACAUACAAAAGGAGGAAGGAAGUCUCAUCUCAUUUUGAUGGAAUAGAUGGCUCCCCUGGCUUUCUGAUUAAGUAACCUUGUCAACGUAAAUUAGCUUAUGGUUCAUUUAGCUAAAAUACUUUUACUGGUCGGGUUCAGGCGUUUCGU